CUUGCUCCGACUGGCCAGCCGCGCUGUCGGUCUAGCGAGUAGGCGUCGCGGUUCCGGGGUCCGGCUGCGUGCUGGAAGUCGGAACGCUGGCUCUUUCGGACCGUUAAACGGUCGAGCGAUCGCCUCUCGACUGUGGGCUAGCAGCAGCGGGAGAGAGGUCAGGCUGAGCGACGCUACUCACUGGUCCGCCCAGUACUCCAUCAUCCUGCCUCCUGAGCCCGGCUGGCUCAGGCCGAGAGCUGGGAAAGGCCUUCCUUAGUUCCUCCGGUACUUUGUGUCAGAAGCUGGCCGCCCGCGAUCCGGGCCUCGGGUCGAGAGUUGCGGUCGUGCAGACCUCGCACGGGCUGAAGAAGAAGACUGGCACCGAGACCUCCAGGUGGAGUAGGUUUGUGUUCUGCUUGACAUCAUCUAUAUUUGACCUCAGAUAUUAAGAAUUGACUGCCCAGCUGACCAUGUGCAGCACUAUCUAGAUGGUAUGCAGCCUUUUGCUCAGUUGAAUAACAAGCCACACCCAUGGAACCAGACAAUGAUAUUGCACUGGAUAUUUUGAUAACAAAUGUGGUCUGUGUAUUUAAAACAAGAUGCCAUUUAAAUCUGCGAAAGAUUGCACUGGAAGGAACAAAUGUAAUCUACAAAAGAGAUGUUGGGAAAGUGUUAAUGAAGCUGAGAAAACCCAGGAUAACAGCAACAAUUUGGUCUUCAGGAAAAAUUAUAUGCACUGGAGCUACAAGUGAAGAAGAAGCAAAAACUGGAGCUCGGAGACUAGCCCGUCUUCUGCAGAAACUGGGUUUUCAGGUAAAGUUUGCUGGUUAUAAAAUUGUCAACGUUCUGGCUGUAUGUACUAUGCCAUUCGAAAUAAGGCUGCCAGAAUUCACCAAAAAGAAUCGUCCAGUUGCAAGCUAUGAGCCAGAACUUCAUCCUGCAGCAUCUUACAGAAUUAAGUCAUUAAAGGCUACACUUCAAAUCUUUUCAACGGGCAGUAUAACAAUUACAGCACCCAGCAUACAGUGUGUCGCUACUGCAGUGGAACAAACUUAUCCAUUGAUCUUUGAAUCUAGAAAAAUGGUUAAAUAACCAUUCCUGUUACGGGACCAUCUUUGGAGAUUCUGAUUGGAUGACUACAGAGACAAAGUUUACCAUAGAACUAUUCCAGGAAUGGACAUAUAGCAAAUCAGAGACUGUGAGAAUAUAUAUGAACACAAUGCAAAUGUAUUCAUAUUGGGAUGUUAAUAUUGUUUUAUUGUGAACUGUUUACAUGACAUGAUGCUGCUGUUUUUCUUCUUAAGGAGAACCCUCCUUAUAGUCUCUGCAGUAAGGGAACAGGAUUGUAAAAUGUGCACUACAUUUAAAGUUGAACCACUUUUUUCUGGUUGAGCUUUGUGUUUUAUUGUGAGGUCUUUUUAAAAGAAAAAAAGUUAUGCUGUAUAUGAAAACCAAAGAUGCCACCAAUGUUAUUGUUCAUUUGGUUAUACUGUUUAAAUAAAAUUAAUAGAUGUGUAUUUAAUUUUAAGUUAAGAACCCUGCUAUAAGUCAUAAUUUAUUGAAGAAUUUCCAAGUGUUACAAAAUAAAUUUUAUUUCAGUGGUAAAUUCAAAACAUUAUUUGUGAAAGCUGUUUUGACUACAAAAGGUCCUCAGAAAUGAGAAUGGUGGAUGGUCAAGUCAUCUUAAAUUCAGGUAGAUGUGAAUUUAAAGUUUAUUUUUUAAAACAAAUGCAUAUUUGGUGAGCUAAUAAAAAGAGGGUUCCUAAAUUUGGAAUCAAAUCACAUCCUAUUAAUUAGAAAAACUAGUGCAUCAAACCUUUCCCAGAUUUUAGGGUAUCAAAAGAUCACUUAAAUGCUUGCAUGACUGCUUGAUGAUUUUAAUUUUUAAAAUUGAUCAGCUAAGCUAAAAAUAAUUGCUUCAUAUACAGCAUCAUCAAAUAGAUCCUAAAAGGCACUGUAAAUUUGGUUUUAUUAAUAGUUAUAUGCUGUGAUGCAUACUGCAUAUCAACCAUUGGAAAAAUAUCAAAACAUAGAACCAGUAUUGUAUUAAAAUUUAAAAACAGUAACUUCUGAAACUUUUAAUGUAUUAGGGGAAAAAAAAAUUGGGAAUGAACUAAAUAGCCCAUAAUGCUGCAGAAGUUCAUUUUAAACUUAUACCAGAAGCCUCAUAAUUUUUCAAUAGAGAAUCUCACUUGGUGAGUUCCAGGUGUUUGUCAAUUAUACAUUGCUACAGACCGAUCAGUGUAAUUUUGAGUUAUGAAUUUUUCAUACUCCGGAAGAGUAGUUACAACUAUCUAUUACCUAUGAGAUUUCUUUUCUACUCCCAAAUUUUACUUGAAAAUAAAACUGCUUUAUGAGCACAGCAUUGUUUCAAUAUUCCUAAACACAGCUUUUAGCAAUUAUUGCAUAUGUAAUUUUUUUUAAAAUAAAGUCUUCAUUUAUACCUAUCCACAGUUUCUUAUAGAAAAUUCAGUAGUUACAGUUUGGCUUUGCUUUGCAACUUUAAGUAUAUCAUUGUCGGUAUUUCAUCAAAUUUGAUAUACAAUAAGAACUAAAGUUUGAAUUAAUAAUUUGCAAAUAUUGUUUGAAAAAGUUGAGAGGCUUGUACUGUAGAAAGCACACUGCAGUGUAGCAGUGCGUGUGAUCAUUAACUCAGCGUCCCUAUUUCCGGUUGAACCUUUGUUCCUCAGGUUGAGUGUCUAUCCUCAAGAACUGCAAGAAGUACCUGUUUGAUACAAGAAUACUCAACUGAAUUUCAAUAAGUUACUUUUAUCAUUGCAAUUUCAUGUAAUCUGCAAACAAAAAUUUUCAAUUAUAUGACUUCUAAAUUUGAAUCAGAACUUACUUGAAACAUAAUCCUUUGAGUGUUGGGUAGCACUUUUGAAUAGCAUUUAUUUUCUGUUUUGUAGAACAAUUAUGUUUUUCUUUGUAAAUUUCCAGUUCUCAACAAAGUUGAAGUAGAUGGAUGUAUUCAAUUGUACAUACCAAUUUCCAAUAGUCACACAAUAAAUGUAAUCUUAACUUUA